AUGUCGAAGAAAGAGAUGUUUUUGCUAAGUCUCGCCUUGUUUGGCAACAAGGUGCUGGCUAGCCAUCUUGACACGGAUCAUGGUGGUUCAACAUAUGAAGAGAAAACUAAACAUGUGGAAAUACCAAUUAUUAAAAAAUAUGCUAUACAUAUUCCACAUCCUGUGCCUGUCGAAGUGCCUCAGGAAAUAAAAAUACCAAUACCCCAACCCUAUAAAGUACCGUUUGAAAUCCCUCAUCCAUAUCCGGUCGAGGUCGUUAAACACGUCGAAAUACCCAUCGAAAAGCUUGAACCUGUUGUCGUCGAAAAACAAGUUCCUUACGUCGUAGAGAAGCCAUAUCCCGUUUACGUGGAAAAGAAAUUCCCCGUACCGAUAGCGAAACCAUAUCCCGUUCAUGUUCCGAUCUACAAACAUGUAAUCCAUUAUACAUCCAAAGGCAAAGGGUGGCAUUAGACUUUAUAAAUAUUAGGCAUUGUCUUUAAAUCGCGCGUUCCUACGCUACAAGAAAUCGACUGUGGAGAACAAUUCCUUUCGAUAUUAUCAAUGUGAAUUUUUUAUGGACUUUACGAGGAUUCUUUUCGCAAGAUUAUUUAAUUAUAGAUCUUUUCUUAAGAUUCGUUGCUGACUGGGAAUGAAAUAGUAAUGCAUGUGUUAGCGAUUUUAUCCAUUUUAGGAUUAAAUCUUGCAUGUUGCCAA